AUGAAUUCAGUGGUUGUUGGCGUUGCCAGUACUACUGAUUCAGCAUCAUCGGCUGACGAUGAAGUCGACUCAAACUCGGCGUCUUCACCUUCAUCUUCAUUAACUUCGACAUCGUCAACUUCUACAACAUCCAUUCUCAUAAAUGAAAUCAAUAGUAAUCUAGUUCUAAGUGAUGAGAAUGGAAUAGAUGAUCAAGAUAUUGAUUUUGAUGAUAAUAAUAAUAAUAAUAGUAGUUAUAAUGAUAGUAGUAGUAAUAAUAAUAAUAAUAAUAAUAAUAAUAAUAAACAUUUAACAUUGAUAUCACUUCCAAUUGAAAUAAUAGAUAAGAUUCUUCAUCAUUUGAAUCAGUCGACACUCUCAAUUCUAUGUAUGGUAUCACACGAGUGGAAUAAGAUCAUCAAUGCACUCUGGCACACAAUCGAUCUUUCCAAAUCACAUCAUCACUUUACGCAUCUUAGUACAAAGAUGAAAAUGUCUAUACAAUCACUCAAGAGAAAGUCUGGAAAUAAAAACAACAACAAUCUACAAGAUAAUGAAGAGUUUCUGGAACAAACAACUAGCUCUUCAUCAUCGUUAUCGUCAUCGUCAUCAUCAUCUUCAAAUCAACAUAAAAAGAAAAUAUCAAGUUUAGAAUCGAUAGUAAACAAUCUGAUAUCAAACUAUGGAUUUUUAAUUCCUGGACUUGGCGCUGACAAGUCACCACCGAUCUUUCAGCGACACAAUAGGAAUCUGUUGAAAACAAAGGAUGCUCAAUUGAAUAUCUCCAAUCAGUUUGAUAUGCGCACCCAACAGUUCUUUGUCGAUAUGAGUCAGCGACGAAGCGUUUGCUCGUGUCAUCCAGAUGGCGACGAAACUUCGGUGUCUGUGUGUUGGCGAGAUGCCGCACGUCGGCGACCGGACUCUGCGCGCCGUCUGCGAAUUCACACCACAAAUGGAGUCGCUCGGACUCGGUCGUUGCUACAAGAUGACCGAUCAAUCGAUCGUAAGAAUGUCGAAUACACCGUCGAUUCGCGCCAAACUACGAAUCAUCGGACUGAAUCAUCUCACUCAUUUGUCGGACGCGGCAAUCCGCCAGUUUGGAACGAGCUCUCCGAUACGAUGGCAUCGAUUUUCAUGGCUUGUCCACACUUGGGAUCGAUCGAUGUCGGUGGUUGCGUGAACAUCGACGACACCGCUCUCGAAGCGAUCUCCAUCAACUGUCUGGAGCUGUUCCAACUCAAUAAGUAUUAUAUGCAAUCAAUUGUUCAAUCGAAUCAAUCAGAUUUAAAGACAAGAACCUUUUUCACACAUUUCAUUGAAAAAAUAAAUAUCUUAUCAAGAUUUGUCGAAUCAUCUAAAGUCAACUCAAUUCAAAAAUAA